AUGUAUAAAGCAACCGUACUUCCUUUGGUUGAAAUUGUAAAACUCAAGGAGUUAGCUCAAUGUGUUACCGUUGGGACAAUAACCAAACUCAAGGCUGCUCAAGGUGGAUGGUAUUACCAAGCAUGUCAUCAGUGUCCUAGGGUUGCUAAAGGGAAUGAACCACCCUAUGAAUUUUUUAAUGCUGGAACAAACGCAUCAUUUGUAAUAUGGGACCGUGAAGCUUUUCAACUUUUGAAGGUCAAUGCUGCUCAGAUGCGCACUAAUUUACUUGAGGCUGGUAUUACCGACCCUCUUGAGUUCCCAGUAGCGCUUGAUGCUUUAGUUGGAAUGACCAUGGUUUUCAAGGUCAAAUGGCAACCUGAUUGGGAAAAUGCGUCUGUUAUGUCUAUAUUUGAAGAUGACACUGUAAAAAAGGAUAUACUGCGUUCAUUUGGACAGGAAUUGCCUAAUUCCCAGAACAUGCUAACUCCUAAUGUAACACAGAACAAUGAGAGUGUUGUUGAGGCUUCACAUUUGGAUGAUUGGGACAUCAUUCCGGAAACCGAUAUUACAUCUGAUGCAUUGCCGGACCCUGUUACACCAACUUCAGCUGCUAAACGAAUUGCUCCACAUGAAUCACAUGACAUUACUCCUUUAUCUCAGACGUCUGAAGUACAACAGUCUUCCACAAAGAUGAAAAAGCAUAUCAAACUAGAGAAUAAGCAUGCUUUCCAUUAA